AUGAGCGUUCCCAUGUUGAAGAUUGGUGCCGUGCUCAGCACCAUGGCCAUGGUAACCAACUGGAUGUCCCAGACGCUGCCGUCGCUGGUUGGACUCAAUGGAACCAUCAUCUCCUCUGAGGGCACGCACGAGCGGAUCGUCAGUGGUUUGUACCCGGGUUUAGAGGAGGGCUGGCAGGUGUACAGCACGGCCUCAGAUCCUGACGGCAGGUGUGUGUGCACGGUGGUCGCUCCGGCACGAAACCUCUGCAAACGAGACCCUCGGAGUCAACAACUGCGCCUGUUGACUGAACAGGUGUGUAACGUGAGUCAGUCCAUGGAGGUGGUGGACCUGCGGACAUCCAGAGACCUGCAGUACGUCCGAGACUCUGAGCCGCUGCUGAGAGGAGUGGACGGACGUUUGCACACUUAUGUGGCCAACCCCCGCACUCUGACGACCAAGGGCCUGCAGGAGUUAAAGGGCCAGAUGUCUCAGUUACGCCCCCUUCUGUCAGUGGUGGAGCAGUACAGAUUGGACCUGCACACGCUGGCCACCCUGCGAUUGGAGCUCCUCAACCUGUCAAUCAUCCUGACAGCCAUUCAGGAAGAGAUCGGAGCGUACGACUACGAGGAGCUUCAGCAGAGGGUUUUACUGCUGGAAACCAGGCUACACAGCUGCAUGAACAAACUGGGCUGUGGUCGUCUGACUGCAGUUAGCGGCCCCAUCACCGUAAGAGCCUCGGGGUCUCGCUUUGGCUCCUGGAUGACUGACGCCAUGAUUCCCAGCUCCGACAGCAGGGUGUGGUCGAUGGACGGCUAUUAUAAGGGCAGGCGAGUGUUGGAGUACAGGACCAUGGGGGAUUUCACCAAGGGCCAGAACUUUGUGCAGCAUCUGUUGCCGCACCCCUGGGCAGGAACCGGCCACGUGGUCUACAACGGGUCGCUCUACUACAACAAGCACCAGAGCAACAUCUUGGUUCAGUACCAUUUCCGCUCUCGCAGCGUGUUGCUCCAGCGCAGCCUGAGUGGAGCCGGAUACAACAACACCUUCCCCUACAGCUGGGGAGGAUCCUCUGACAUCGACCUCAUGGCUGAUGAGACAGGACUCUGGGCCAUCUACACCACCAUCCCAAAUGCUGGAAACAUAAUGGUGAGUAGACUGGACCCUCGCUCGCUAGAAGUGCUCCAGAGCUGGGACACGGGGUUCCCUAAGCGCAGCGCAGGAGAGGCCUUCAUGAUCUGCGGCACCCUGUACGUCACCAAUUCCCACCUGGCCGGGGCCAAGGUCCACUUCGCCUACCACACCAACUCCUCCACAUAUGAGUACACUGACAUCCCCUUCCAUAACCAGUACUCCCACAUCAGCAUGAUGGACUACAACCCCAGAGAGAGAGCGCUGUACACCUGGAACAACGGACACCAGGUCCUCUACAAUGUUACACUGUUUCACGUCAUCCGGAGCGACGGAUAGAUCGACAUGUAGGAGAUGGUAAAAAAAAUAGAAAUAUAGUAGAGAUGUGGAGAUGGUUUGCUGGAGGGUACCGCAACUUCCAACACACAUACAUACACAUGCAUACACACACAACCACCA